AUGACUAGUCCUUUACCAAAGCCCCUCGAGCAAGUACACGAAUCUUUCACAUCACAUCACGGAACUAACGGAGCACAAUUCACGCAGACAGGACACUACUCACACACUGACAGACAAGACACUAGUCACACUGACAGACAGGACACUACUCACACACUCACAGACAGGACACUACUCGCACACUCACAGACAGGACACUACUCGCACACUGACACACAGGAACAGACAGGAUACUACUCACACACUAACAGACAGGACACUACUCACACUGACAGACAGGACACUACUCACACUGACAGACAGGACACUACUCACACUGACAGACAGGACACUACAGGACACUACUCACACACUCACAGACAGGCCACUACUCACACUGACAGACAGGACACUACUAACACACUCACAGACAGGACCCUACUCACACUGACAGACAGGACACUACUUACACACUCACAGACAGGGCACUACUCGCACACUGACACACAAGAACAGACAGGAUACUACUCACACACUGACAGACAG